AGUCUUCAAAAUCUGCCUUUCCCUCUCACAUGAGGCCUCCCGGCCCAUUCUUUCCAAAGUCAUUGCCUGCGAGGAGGUGGCUGGAUGCGGAGACCUGCGGAGACCCUUGCGCUGGGCUCUAAUGCAGGAUGAAGGCCUGGCUCGCCAGUUGGUGGAGCUAGGCUACCGGGGGACCGGAGAGGUGGUGAAAAGGGAAGAUUUUGAAGCAAGGAAGGCAGCUAUAGAGACUGCAAGGCUGGCUGAAAGAACUCAGAAAAAGACAUUAACAAGUGCUGGCAAAGACCUGCAAGAUAAUUUUCUGAAGGCUCUGGCAGUGAGAGAAGAAGACAAUCACAAUGGAAAAGUGAGCACCGUGAUCUUUAUUCGUGACAAAAACUCACAUGGGCAGGAAGUGUCAGGAUACAUUGACUAUGCCCACAGACUAAAGAUUGAAGAUUUUGAAGUCUAUUUUAGUGGAAAAAGAAGACUUCUUCCAAAACCCACAGAUAUGAGCUUUUACAACUGGGACAGUCAUAUUGCUGUUUGGAAUUCAACUCCCAAUUAUCAAGUGAUUGCUGACAAUCUAGAAGGCUUACUUUUCAAAUACAAAAGAGACAGAAAAAUUCUCAAUGUGGAUCCCAAGGUUCCCCCAGGUGACAACUCUACUAGAAUCCCUAUCCAGACAGACCUCUACAUUCAAGCUGUCAUUUUUGACCACAUUUCCAGAAGAAAGACUUAACUACCAACAUGUUAGAUGGCCCCCCUAAUGGGCUUGCUAAAUUUAAAUGAAUGCUGUAACCAGAAGCAAAUUAAAAUAAUAAAUGAGCUCUGUAGCUGGAAGGCAAAUUAGACUAAUAAAAGUUGAUAAAGAAAUUAGAAAGAAAACCAUAA